AUGGCUACCAACGAGGAGCUGUUCCGCCAGAUGCAGGCCCUGACCGCGGAGGUGCAGAGGCUGAGCGAGGAGAGCGCUCGACUGCAGCGCGAGCAGCAAGGCGGGCUCCAGGCCAUCCCGGCCCUCGUGGAUGCGGUGACCCGCCUGACGGGUAGGCCCGACCAGUUCCAGAGGCUCGUCGACACGAAAGGGAUCGGCAAGCCCUCGGUGUUCGACGGGUCGGAGGUCAAGUACCGCGAAUGGGCUGCCAAGUUCGAGUCGUUCGUAGUCGGAGUCUUCGGCGAGCAGUUCAGGGCAGUGCUGGAGUGGAGCGUCGAGCGGCAAGACUCGAUCGAUCGCGGGCUCUGGCAGGCGGCUUUCGGGCCGCACAGCGAAGGCGAGAUCGACCACAUCGACGAGAUGGUGGCGCAGCUGCACACGGCGAUCCAGCAGCUCGUGACGGGCGAGCCCUUCGACAUCACUCAGAACGUCGACAAGGGCAACGGGCUCGAGUGCUGGAGGCGCCUCGCGAGGAGGUUCGACCCUUCCACCGGCGGGCGGAAGCGGAACUUGUUGAAGCAGGUGCUCUCGCCCGGGCGCUGCAAGCUCGAUGAGCUCGCGGGUGCCCUGGAGAGGUGGGAGGAGGCCGUGAAACGGUACGAGUCCAGGAGGGACGACGACGGCAACCGCGAGCGGCUCUCGGACAGCGUGCGGAUGUCUGCCUUGGAGAGCCUGCUACCAGCUGAGCUCGAAGAACACGUUCUUCUCAACCAGAGCCGCCUGAACACCUACGAGCUGCUCAGGAGGGAGAUCGCGUCGUACCUGGAGGCCAGGACCGGUGCUCGACUUCGAGACGCCCCGGUGCUCACCAAGGCGCAGCGCGACCCCAACGCCAUGGACAUCGGCGCCCUGGUCCGCGCGUACCAGUGCGGGAAGGCCGGCAAGGACAAGGGCGGCAAGGGCAAAACGGGCACUGGCAAAGGCAAGGACGACAAAGUCAAGAAAGGAGGUAAGGGCUCAGGCCCAGGCCCAGGCAAGGGGUCCGACACGUCCCACCUCAUCUGCUGGAACUGCGGGCGUUCGGGGCACAAGAGCUCGGACUGCUGGAGACCGUCGGCCUCGGCGGAGUCCGAGGAGGAGGCCCCGGGCAACUGGGAGCCAGAGGACCACAUGUUCUUGGAGCUGUUCUCCGCCGAGCGCGAGGAGAGCGCGAAGGAGGUGAACAGGAGGAUCGUGGACGACAAGGGCUGGGUGAAGGUCAACUUCGACAGCGGAUGCGCGAGCUCGGUGAUCCCCCGCGAAUGGACUCCAGCGACUUCGGCCCCUUCGAGUCAGAGGUUCAAGACGGCGAGGGGUGGUAUCAUCGCAGACGAGGGCGGCGGGGUGCUGGAGGGCGUCAACGAGAAUGGCGCCAGGAUGCGCAUCGCCGGGCGCAGGGCUGCUGUUACCAAACCCCUCGUCUCGGCCAGCGAGAUGCUCAAGAAGAGGGUCGGCAUCCUGGACGAGAGCUGCGGCGUGGUGAUCGAGAAGGGUUCCACUGCCGGACGGGCGAUCAUGAAGCUGGUCGCUAAGCUCAAGGAGACGGGAGCGCUGGAGAACAACAUCAGGUUGCACCAGGAGCGCGGGGUGUACAACGCCUACCUGAAGUUGCCGGAGGAGAAGGCCAGGGAGCUGGAGCAGUUGCCGCUGAACACGAUCGAGCCGCCGCGGGUUCGGCUGGCUAGGAGUCCAGCCCAGCCGACCGCUCUCGAGAUCGAGGAGCACGAGGCGCAGGGCCACGUCCACUUCAGGUCCUGGUGCCCUUCGUGCUGUGCAUCGCGUGGGACUGGCCAAGCGCAUCGUGGACACCAACCUGCUGAGGGAGAGGUCCCUACGGUCGUCACCGACUACGGCUACCUCAACGCUAGCGAGUCGGACAGCAGAGGCCGCGACGCCAGCUCUGCGAUCACGGUGUUGGUGAUGCACGACUGCUUGCCGAGCGGGACGGGCUGCUACGGCGCGAGCUCGGUCCCGGCCAAGGGGAAGGACGACUUCAGCUCGAGCGUGGCGGUCGACUUCUUCAAUCACAUCGGCCACAAGAGGUGCAUCUACCAGUCGGACGGCGAGAACCCGCUGCUGGCGCUCAAGAGGGACCGCUGGGAGAAGGUGACGGUUCCCUUCGGCGAGCGCAUCCAGGUGAAGAAGCUGGUGAAGGACUCGCUCAAGCGCGACCUGGAACCCCGCUGGGUCACGGGCUACUACGUGGGCCACACCAGCAGGAGCGGCACGGCGCUGGUGCUCACCUCGAAGGGGGUGCAGCGCGGCACGGCGAUCUCACGCCUGCCGCCCGCCGAGCGCUGGGCCUGGAACGAAGAAGAGGUCCUCGGGCUCAAAGGCAAGCCUUGGGGCUGGAAGGACGGCGAGGAGCGCUAUGCGGCAGCUCCGGCGGACGUCGCCCCGAGAGCUGGGCGCAUGGAUGCGCCAGUGGUGGUGGCGCUGCCAGCAGCCGCCGAGCCGCGAGACGUGGGCUUCUACGUCACCAGGGCCAACAUCCUGGACGCGGGCAUCGGGCCGACCGAGGGCUGCGUCGCCUGCGAGAACCUGGUGGCUACUGGGCGCGCAGGAGUUGCCCACUCUGAGCUGUGCCGACAGCGCGUGAUCGAGGCGCUGGCGGCUCGAGGUGAUGAGCGACUUCGCCGGUUCAGGGAGGCGAAGGCAGCUGAGGAGGAGCAGGCGAGAGGAGGCGAGGCAGGCCGAGCGGCGAGGCGCGAGGAGGAGCAGCCGCCCCAGGAGGCGCGUGCAGCCCCCCAGCCUAUGGCGACGGGCGGACUCGAGGAAGUGCCGCUCGAGUUGCAGUCGCUCGCGUUCUCGGAGUACUGCAACCCAGGAUGCUUCACUGAGCUUGCUGGAGAGUUUGGCAUGCUCCCAGGGCUAGCGGCGGACAUCAGCCUCAAGGACCGGGAGUCUCAGGAGGCGCUGGACAUGAGGAAGAUCGUGAACCAGCAGAGGUACAUGCAGGCGCUCGAGGACCAGGACCCCUACUUGGUCAUCGGGGCGCCGCCCUGCACGCGCGUCUCGAAGCUGACGAGCUUGAACCGCGGCAAGCACAAGGACCCGGAGGCGCACGCCAAGGCCGAGGAGGACGAUCGUGCGUUGCUUCGCUUCGGGAUGGAGGUCUACAAGGAUAGGCACGCCAAGGGCAGGUGGUUCUUGCACGAGCACCCUUGGGGCGCCAAGUCGUGGGACGACGAGGCGGUGAAGGAGGUGGUCUCGCUCCCGGGGGUGUACCUCGUGCGAGGGGACAUGUGCGCCUGGGGCCUAGAGCUCGAGGGCGACGACGGGAAGGUCGGGCCGCGCCUUGCUAAGGUGCUAGCAGUCUGUUGUCCUGGAGGACAUCGACACGCACCGCUACUUGGCGGAGGCCGUGUUAGGAAGGCGCAGUCCUACACGCCUUCGCUACGCCGCGCGAUCUUGCAGGGGCUCAAGGAGGAGCUCGAGAUCGCGGGCGAGAUCAACUCGUUCGAGGGCGUCGGGCCGGUGCCAGACGAGGAGGCGCAGUACUUCAAGCCAGACGCCCCUCCAGGUGCAGCGGAGUCGGACAAGUGGUACUGGGACGACGUCAACGGGGGCUGGCUCGACCCUGCGGGAGUACGGGCCGCGCGCCAGGAGGAGCUGGCCUGGAUGAAGCAUCGCGAGGUGUUCGAGCCGAGCGACGAGGAGACCUGCAGGCGCCUGACCGGUCGGGCGCCGCUACGGACGCGCUGGGUCGACACCAACAAGGGCGACGAGCAGAGGCCAAAGUACCGCUCCAGACUGGUCGCGAUGGAGAUCAAGGCUGCGAAGAAGGCGUCCGAGCAGAUGAGCGCGAGCGAGCUCUUCAGCAGUACGCCGCCGCUGGAGGCGGUCAAGCUCCUGUGCUCGCUCAUGGUCUCGAUGGGCCGCUCGCCCCGAGGACUCCCUCUCAAGAUCGGCUUCUGGGACGUCAGCCGGGCGCACCUGUACGGGGACGCCCAGAGGGUCUUGUUCGUUCGUCUUCCGGAAGAGGAAGGAGGAGGAGUCGCUCGCCUGCUACGCUCCAUGUAUGGUACUCAGGACGCGGCUUCAGUGUGGCAGAGCGACUGGAGUCGACAGCUCUUGGAAGAUUCGUGGCGCAUGGGCGUGGCAAGCCCAGCUGUGUUCUAUCGUUCUAGUGAUGAAGGUCGCGGGUUGGCUCACGGCGACGACUUCAUGGUGCUCGGCGACGAGAUCACGCUGAAGGAGAUCGAGACGAAGCUGACCGAGCGCUACGACAUCAAGUGCACCGGGAUCUUAGGCCCCGACAGCGGGGACGCGAAGGAAGUCGUGUUCCUCAACAGGGUGUUGCGGUACGUUGACGGCUCCACCCCGGCGGUGGAGAUCGAGUCGGACCAGAGACACGUGGAGCUGCCGAUCAAGGAGCUCGGCCUCGAGAACGAGUCGAAGGGCUUGGACGUGCCGUCGGUCAAGAAGACGGAGGCGGACAUCGACUACGAGGCGAAGCUCAGCACGCUGCCCCUGGACGAGGACAGGCCAGACAUCGUCGACGCGGUCAAGCAGUGUUCGAGGCGCAUGCAGGCGCCGACGUCAGCAGACAUGAUGAUGGCCAAGAGGCUUGGGAGGUACCUCGUCAAGCACCCGUGCCUAGUCGCGAGGUUCAACAAGCAGAAGAUGCCUGACAGGAUCACGGCCACCUGCGACUCGGACUAUGCGGGCUGCCUCAUCACCAGGAAGUCGACCAGCGGGACCGUCCUGGCGUUCGGGGAGCACACGCUGUCGGCCACGGGAUCGCUGCAGAGCACGGUGUCCCUUUCGAGCGGCGAGGCCGAGUACUAUGGCAUCCUCCGUGCGGCUGCUGCCGCGCUCAAGGUUGCUGCCAUCGCCGUGGACCUCGGGCUCGAGAAGAGCGUCGAGGUCGUCUGCAAGCACGGAGAGUUCCCGAUAGAGGUCUGCGGGGACUCGACGGCGGCGAUCGCGUUCGCAUCGCGCCAGGGCCUGGGUCGUCAGAAGCAUGUGAUGACGAGGUACCUGUGGCUUCAGAGCGCGGUCAAGGCCAAGAGGAUCAUGCUCAAGAAGGUCGACACACGGGAGAACGUGGCCGACUCCUUGACCAAGCCGUUGUCGGCGAAGGUGGUCCAGAAGCAUCUCAAGAGGAUGGGGUGCCACUUCAGGUCGAGGUGGAGCGCCCUGCACCGGACGAUCGCCAAGAGAUCGGCGACGUGA